AUGGAGGAAUCUUUAACAACCAUGUGGCUAGGGAUGAGCCAUCCAUCCGGGGACUGGGCUAACCAGCACGCACAGCAAAAUCCUCAAUACUCUUGUGCUUGUAAAAAGUCCUACGCGUGCAGACUACCCUGCCAAGGGUCUACGAUAACACCCCGUCAAGGGUACCCGGGUUCCGAUCAUAUCCAAGUAUCCAUAUCCAUGUAUCAAUUUCCAUGUAUCCGUAUCCAAGACGAGGAUGAGUUGUCCAACCGGAAGACUAAGCUUACCAACACGUACAGCAGAAUCCUCAAUACUCGUACGCUUGUGACAAGUUCUACACGCGCAGACUACCCCGCUAAAGGUCUAUGGUACACCCCGUCAAGGGUGCUCGGGUUUCGACAUAUCCAAACCAUAUCCACAAUUUCCAAGUAUCCAUCAAUUCCAAGAUCUGUAGCCAAAGAAGCCCAAACACCGGAAAAUCCAACGUCACAUGUGAGUAUUCCCUUCCUUUAUUUUUAA